AUCACCAACUCUUGUGCCCUCUUGACGGCGCCGUGCUCGGGCAAAGUGCUGGCAGCCCCCCUGUCCAUAGGCUGUGAUAGCUGUGCCCGUCUACGCGAUCGCGGCCCUCCAGCCUCCAGUCAGUCAGAUCCGCGCCCGGCGGUGCCAUGUCGCAAACAUAUGCGGACCACGAGUCCGAUGGCGCCAACGAAGUCCGCCCGAUAUUUUAUAUCGGGCAACAUGACUCGGCGAGGUCGGAGACACUGGACGACGUCCAGUACGGUCGGGUCCUGAAUGCUGGCUUCAGCUUCGUCACGACGCCCAUCACGAAUGAGCAUUUCCGCCAGCGGGUCACAGUCCUCCUUGCAUCCAGCCUCCUGGAAGCUGAGACCAGUGCUCAAGAGGGCGCCCUUCUCGAUCCCGUUGUCCCGCCCUUGACUACGGAGGACACGACGCUCUUUCCAGGUAUUUAUACGAGCGGACUUGUCGCCUACUCUAGUCCCUGGAUCAACCUGUCUUCUCCCGAUCAUGCUGUUGCCAGUAUUUCUAGGCAGGUCCUUAACCUCGAGGUUUCUUAUGCAAACUUUUGUGGCGUUAGAAGCAUCAUAGUUCCGGGGCCGAGGAAGGACUCGAUCUCGCUAGGAAGCGGCCAGGGGAUCGCGCAAUAUGCCCGAGCCGUCCGGGAAGUUUUAUCGAUUGGUACUCGAGUUAGCAUCAUCAUUCACAUGCCUAUGUACCGUGAGCCUGGUCUAGAAGAGAAGGCUGCGCUUUUAUCUUCGCCUCGCGACGGCGCGGAUGGCACCUCCGGAGAGAGGGAGGUCGACCUCUUCAGCUCUUGGGAUUCAUGGCAUGCGAUCCGUUCCGCGUGCGAUUAUGAUGCGAGACUAUUUGUCGCCCUAAAAAUCCCGCGAGUCCUUCCCGAAAAAGAAUUGCAGACGAGGUGGUUCUCCGAACCUCUCCAGUCUUUAACGUUCGGCCCCCGUACAUUUCAAAUGAACAAAGUUCGCCAUCCUUCCCUUACUCGCCAUCACCAGGACAUGAUCCGCAUGUAUAUGCGCCUAAAGAACGUUCCGUACGUUCUCCUCUGUGACGUCGGCCCGGACCUACAAACUGGUCCCAAUUCUGGUCAGGUGAAGGCGGUUGACCCUUCUUCUGCGGCAGACUUCCCAACCCUUGGUGAGGCUGCUGUGCAGAAGCCUGCGAGUAACGGGAACAGAUCCCACUCCACUAAUAGCUACGCCGCGUAUUUAAGACACCUUGAGAGGCAGCAGGAACCGUUGAGCGACUUGGAGCAGACCACCCUAACCAAUUUUCAGGAUUGGUUACAGUCACCUCUGCAGCCGCUCUCCGAUAACCUUGAGUCGGUGACGUACGAGGUGUUCGAGGGGGACCCUGUCAAAUACCAUCAGUACGAAGUCGCUAUCGCGGCGGCUCUUCGUGACUGGUCCGCACAGGGAAAGCCUACCUCGGCUCCUGAUGGGGCUGUCGUUAUCGCCGUUGCGGGCUCCGGCCGCGGGCCCCUCGUCACCCGCGCCUUGCGCGCCAGCGAGACUACUGGUGUGCCGGUUCGGGUGUGGGCCGUGGAGAAGAACCCCAACGCGUAUGUGUACCUGCUACGACAGAAUCAACGGGAGUGGGGUGGCCGUGUUGCUGUGGUUAAGACGGACAUGCGAGCGUGGAAAGGGCCUCUCUUGUCCUCAUCCACCGAUGACGGCGGCCCAGCAUAUGGUAAAGUGGAUAUUCUUGUCUCCGAACUUCUCGGCUCCUUUGGCGACAACGAACUUUCACCCGAAUGCCUUGACGGCAUCCAGCAUGUUCUCUCUCCUAUCCAUGGAAUCUCGAUCCCGGCCUCGUAUACUGCCCACAUUUCUCCUAUCUCGACCCCCCGUAUCUAUGCCGAUAUCCGACAGCGCUCGCUCUCCGCUCCUUCGUCUGACGCGAGCACCGCCUUUGACACGCCCUGGGUCGUGCGCUUAUUCGCUAUUGACUUCGUCGCUCAGCGUAACGUUCCCGACCACCCGCAGUUCCAGCAGACUUGGGGAUUUGCACAUCCGCUGCCAGGACCUGUGAUGGCGGCCGCGGAGACAAGGCGCGCCGGCGGCAUCGCUGGCGGCGGGGGCGGAGCCAUGGCUGGCGCGGUCGGUGCGAACGAUCACAACUCCCGGCACUGCCACCUCACUUUCGUGUGUCGCAACCGCGGUGUUGUACACGGUCUCGCGGGAUACUUCGAGGCGGUGCUAUAUGAGUCGGCAGCGGCGAUCGGUAGUGGUGAAAACGGGGAAGGGGGAGUAGGAGAGGGUUCAGAGGGACUGAAUGGUAGCAUGAUUGAGCUAAGCACGCUGCCAGAUAUGAUCGAUCGGAAGAGCAAGGAUAUGAUAUCCUGGUUUCCUAUAUUCUUCCCCCUUAAGCAACCGCUCUACUUCCCUCCCGACACGGAGCUGGAGGUUAGCAUGUGGCGGCAGACAGACGAUGGUCGGGUGUGGUACGAAUGGAUGGUGGAAGCUUUCAUGUGGGUCGGCCCCUCGCAAAAGGUCAAGGUUGGGGGCACAGAUCUGUGCAGCAGCCGGAACGUCGCCUGCUUGAUGUGAGCCUAUGAUAUGGAUGAGUGGUGCAAUGGGAACGAGAGCGAUCGGUCGUAGACUUUGAGUGGCAUAAGCACUACUAAAGACCACAGCCGUCAAGAUCCUAGCAACCACUACUACUUCUUCAUUCAUCAACUAUGAGUGACGACUCUUGCUUAGUCGAAAGGUUGAGAUCGAGAGCGUAGCGAACAGGUGGAGAUGAGACCCGUUUAUAAAUCAAAUCUUGUUUCGUCCUGAUGGCCUCCAUCGAGCCUGAUUCGGGAUCGAGAUAUUGUUGCCUCCAUUCUAUCUUCUCAUCGAUUGCAAUAAGUGGAAUAUUCGGACUAAUUCAAGCUCUUGGUUUGGUUUUCCCGGGCCGUGUCGGCGUGCUACUGCG